UUCUGAGUGAGCUCUAGGCCUACAACAAGCCUCUCUAUCCCCUCCACAUUACCACUUCCUUGCCAAACAAGAUUGAAGUUUUUAACAGUGUUGCCACUUUUUAACUUUAAAAUAUAUACUAAAAUCGUAACAUUUUUUUAAAUUCACUAAAAUAAUAACAAUAUAUUCUAAAAAUCAUGACAUUCGGCCAUCCGAUAUUGUGCUGUCUCCCGACGCACACUUAUUUAAGAAAAAUGAAAAUAACUAAACAUAGUGGAUCCGAUUAAAUAAUUGAAAUAAAUACUGGUACAUUAAUUCCUUAGUGGUAUAAAAAAUUAUACAUAGUUAAAUCUCAUGAACUUAAUUAUGUAAAUUGUAAUUUAGUACACAUUUUGAUAAUGUUAAAUCAUGACAUUCGCUUAGGUACAUUUAUUAGAUUAGCUACUGAUUAAGUUCAUUAUACAUUUUCUAAAUCAAUAGAGCGUAAAUAAAUAUAUUAUUAUCAAUAUACAUUAAUUCAAUCAAUAGAGUGUCAACAUAAUAUUAUAUCAAUACAUACAAUAUUUCAUAAAUCAAUAAGAUGAAAAUAUAAUAUUGUAGGUACACAUUAAUCAGAGUAAUAAAUUAACUUUAUGAAUGAACAGAGCGUAUUGAGUAGCGUCCUGCGUCCCCACAUCAUUGCCCAAUACAAUCAACAAUAGAAAACAAUAGUUAUACUGUUCCUUGUAUGUGUCGGCGGCUGAGCCCGCCAGUUUUAUUUUAGUCGCAAUUACACCUUUAAAGAAAUCACAUGUUUUACUGUUCCAACCUUCUGACGUACGUUUUGUGGACUUAACUUAUAAAGUGGACAUUACUUAUAAGUGGACAACAACAAUAAUAUACCUGAACAUAACGUAUAUUAAUAUAAUUACGUACAUCGGGUAUUAAUAACGUACAUUGGUGACCAUGAUUUAAACGAUACUUUUGAUUCUUUUACUAAUUCUAGUAGUAGUAAUAACUACGGUAGUAAGAAUACUAGUACUAAUAACGCAGACACUUCUAGCAAAGAUUUAAUUCCAAAAACAACGCGAAGUGGCCGCGUUAUCAAUAAACCGGUGCGUUUUGACUUGUAAGUUUUUUUUCUUUCUAAGUAGGUAGAGCAGCUCAUCGUUACUUACGAGGCCCAGAACCAGAUCACAAAAUCGAGAGAAUAAAAUCAAAGAAGUUAAAGAAUCUUCCAAAAUCACGGAGCACAAAAUGGCGGUGUGCGGCGACAUAAAAUCAUUCGCCGGUGAAAAAUGGGACGUCUUCGCGGAACAACUGGACUGUUUCAUGAUAGUCAAUGACAUUCCAAACGAAAAGAAAGUGCCACUGUUAAUAACAAAAUUAGCACCGGAAGUAUUUGAAAUCCUGCAGUGUCUAUGUAGCCCUGUCAAACCAAACAAACUAUCAUAUGAAGAACUAUGUUCAAAGUUGAAAGAAAAGUAUGGAAAACCACUAUCUACGGCUGUUGAAAGGGCUGAAUUUAGGCGACGUAACCAGUUACCUAAUGAAAAAAUACAGGACUAUGUACUGAAUCUGAAAAGAUUGGCUAUAAAGUGCAACUUCAAAGACACAGAUGAUCAAAUCAAGGAAAAAUUCAUGGAUGGCGUUACAUCAAAGGUUAUUAAAUACGAAUUAAUGAAAAAUGCAGACAACAGGUCACUAGAAAGCUGUAUCGAAUGUGCUAGAAAUAUAGAAGCAGCCCUGAUGCUCAGUGACCCUUCACCUGAAACCUCAGAAGUAUUUUACAAUAAACAAAAGGAUUACCAAAGGACAAAACAACAAACAACAACCAAGGGACAGAAAAGUUACAGACCAAAGAACCAGCAGUGUUAUUGUUGUGGUAAAAAUAACCACUUGAAAGCGGAGUGUUCUCUAAGAAAUAAAUAUUGUUCGGAAUGUGGUCAACAAGGACACAUAUUCAGAAUGUGUGAAAGAAAGCAACGAAAAACCAACAUUUUGGAACUGGAGACUUCAAAGCCUAUAGAAGAAAAUGAGGAGGCAAUUGAUUCUAUUAAAAAUCUAUAUGAAGAAUAUGAGACAUAUACUUUUAAUAGUACGCACAACAAAUCAUAAAGAGCCAGUUCGCAGAAGUAUUUAGCCCUGGUUGGGG